UCCUUGGGUGUUAAGUCAGCGAGUCGGUAUCAAUAACGGCCAUUGGUCGCUCAGCAACUAUGCCGACGGGGUGUUAUCAGCCCAUCUGGUUCUAUCUGCAUAGUCGAACUGGUGGUCAAGAAAUCACAUGGCAAGCAUGGACGGAAACGGAGAGACGAACUUGUUCUCUACGAACCCGACGAACGCCGCAGCCAACUAUAUUCCACUACGCAACGAUAUCUAUAAGAUAUUUAACGAGCGCCACUUCUGCCUAGUGUUAAAGGAGCCACGCUCGAAUAAGUUCGCCAAUAAGGGCGAAAGGGUGGUAGUCCUGAGACAAUUAGAAGCCGAGUCAACUUCACCUAAAGGCGAUAAUUGCCGAACGGGUGAGCUUAUGAAUGACAAUAUCCCACCCAAUACAGCCUCUCAGGCUAGACCUUACCUUAUCGCUCACGUCUUCAACUCUACGCCGAGCGGACAGCUUCCGAGGCUAUGGCAUAACCGGCGAGUCCACACCCUACCAUCGACAAUACCAGCUGAGUGCCUCUUUGCCCGAUUUACCUGGACUGUUUUCUCGCCAACUAUCUUCCGCGACUUUCUUUACGCAACAGAGGCAUUAUCUAAUCUCGUAUGGGACCCUAGCAAAUCUGAGCAUGAGGUGCAAGAGGCUAGCCCAGAAAGAUAUCGGGCCAUAUAUACUGCUUCAAGGUCUUUAAGUGAAAGUCCGACGAAGAGAUCUUGGAUUGAUAUCGAUAGGCAACAGGAAGAAGACAACAGACGGCCAAAGGAGGACGAGUAGACAAGGGAGUGGAGCGAUAGCGAUGAGUAAGAUGGAGACAGUGGAUAUCAAGAUAGCAUACGGCCGCCUGGGGAAGCGUCAUCAGAGACAGGUUGAAAUCUAGUACUGCUUGGGAUGGGUUGUUGGAGUUGGAUCCAGACCUGCCUCGCUGAGGAGUGCUCGCAAUCUCUUGGGUUGGUCGAUGGAGAAAGUCAAGGUGUAUUUAUGAGAGCCCUCUAGUCCGGCGUUCCCCGUGGGAGC